AUGGGUCAUCACGAUGUCAUGGCCAGCCGGGAACCUGGCGCCAGCUCUCCUCACGAGGGCAUGUCGGCUGGCACCUAUCUCAAAACGCGCCUCACCACCCUUCGCCCUGCCAUGCUCGACCUCCCCAACCCCAUCCGUCUUUUGCGCCUGCUCAACGCCCAACAAUGGGCCUUUUUCUUCAUCGCGUUUGUCGCCUGGACCUGGGAUGCGUUUGACUUUUUCACAGUCUCCCUCACCGUCACCGACUUGGCUGAGCAGUUUGGCAAGACAAAGACCGACAUUACCUGGGGCAUUACCCUCGUCCUCAUGUUCCGCUCCGUCGGCUCCAUCACAUUUGGCAUUGCGAGUGACCGCUACGGCCGCAAGUGGCCCUUUGUCGUCAACAACUUGCUCUUCAUUAUCCUGGAACUGGGAACCGGUUUUUGCCAGACCUAUCCUCAAUUUUUAGCUUGCCGCGCCCUUUUCGGCGUCGCCAUGGGCGGACUUUACGGAAACGCUGCCGCCACCGCUCUGGAAGACUGCCCUGAAGAGGCUCGUGGUCUGAUUAGUGGUAUGCUGCAGCAAGGUUAUGCAUUCGGCUACCUCCUAUGCGCCGCCUUUGCCCGCGGCCUCGUCAACACCACAUCGCACGGCUGGCGACCGCUGUACUGGUUCGGUGCCGGUCCUCCCGUGCUCUUCAUCAUUUUCCGUCUGAUGCUGCCCGAGACGUCCGUCUACCUCGAGCGUGAGCGCGUCCGCGAAGAGGCCAAGCGCAACGGGACCGCCGGCGCCGCCUCGGUCGGCUCCGUCUUCCUCAAAGAGGGUAAGAUUGCCAUUCGCAAGCACUGGCUCCUCCUCACCUACCUCGUCCUCCUUAUGGCUGGCUUCAACUUUAUGAGCCACGGCAGUCAGGACCUGUACCCGACCAUGCUGGAGAACCAGCUCUCCUUCAGCCCCGACAAGGUCACCGUCACCCAGGUCGUCGCCAAUCUCGGCGCCAUGACGGGCGGCACCGUCGUCGGCUUUCUCAGUCAGUCGGUGGGUCGCCGCAUCAGCAUCAUUGUCUGCUGCGUCUGCGGCGGUGCCCUGCUCUACCCCUACACCUUUGUGCGCUCAACUUCGAUCAUGGCCGCCGCUUUUUUCCAGCAAUUCUUUGUGCAGGGCGCGUGGGGCGUCAUCCCCAUCCACCUCAUGGAGCUGUCCCCCGGCGCGUUCCGCACCUUUGUCGUCGGCACCUCGUACCAGCUGGGCAACCUUGUCUCGUCGGCCUCGUCCACGAUCGAGUCGCGCAUCGGCGAGCAGUUCCCCCUGCCGCCGACGGCGUCGGGCAAGUCGCGCUACAACUACGGCCUCGUCAUCUGCAUCUUCAUGGGCUGCGUCUACGCCUACACCAUGUUACUCACGUUCCUCGGCCCCGAGCACCUGCGUCGCAGCUUUGACGUGGUGCACGACCACGAUGCCCAGGAGGCGGUCGGGUGGGAUGCCGUCGCUGCCGCCCACGAACGCCGAGCCAGCAACAGCGACGACAAGUUUACUGCUCUUCGCAAAGGUGAGCACGACGAGGGCUUGCUUGCCAAGGAGGCGGAUAACCGGGUAUGA